CGAAACCUAGCGGAGACAUUAUACAAUUUUACAUAAGUAAAUCAUCUUCGAUAUCUUGUAUAAUCAGUGAAUCUUCAUUUUCUGUUUGUCAUUCUUCUGAUACGAAACUCAAAAUGCUCAACACUGGGAAACUCGCCGGCCGCACCAUUUUCAUCACUGGAGCCAGCAGGGGUAUUGGAAAAGCAAUUGCAUUGAAAGCAGCUAAAGAUGGAGCUAAUGUUGUGAUUGCUGCCAAAACUGCUGAGCCACAUCCAAAAUUGCCAGGCACCAUCUACACAGCAGCCAAAGAGAUUGAGGCUGCUGGAGGAAAAUGCCUCCCAUGCAUUGUGGAUGUCAGGGAUGAAUCCCAGAUCCAAGCAGCUGUUGAAGCUGCUGUUAAAACAUUUGGUGGUAUUGAUAUUUUGGUCAACAAUGCUUCGGCCAUUUCCCUCACUGGAACAUUAGAGACACCGAUGAAGAAAUACGACCUGAUGCACCAUGUGAAUACCAGAGGGACAUACCUGACGUCCAAACUCUGCCUUCCCUAUUUGAAAGUAGGGAAAAACCCACACAUUCUCAACUUGAGUCCCCCAUUGAAUAUGAACCCAGUCUGGUUCCAAAACCAUGUGGCCUACACCAUGGCCAAAUACGGCAUGUCCAUGUGUGUAUUGGGAAUGGCAGAAGAAUUUCGAUCAGAUGGAGUUGCUGUCAAUGCCCUCUGGCCAAGGACUGGAAUCACUACUGCUGCCAUGGAUAUGUUGGGUAAGCUCAUGGGUGGAGAAGACACUGUCAAUCAGCUUAGAUUCCCGGAGAUCAUGGCAGACGCCGCUUACGUCAUCCUCACCAGGGAUUCCAAAAACUUCACACGCAAUUUUUGCAUCGAUGAAGAUAUUCUCAGGGAAGUGGGUGUGAAGGAUUUUGACGUUUACGCCGUGAAACCUGGAACACCUUUGAUGCCAGACUUUUUCCUUGACGAGUUCCUCGAAGACUUCUCCAAGAAAUCGAGCCCCAAAAAGUCUGCCGAAGCCACACAAGAUGUUCCAGCAGGAGGUGCCGGUCAAGUUGAUCAGGUUUUCAAGACUAUCAUGGCCGCUGCCAACGAAGAGAUUGUCAAGAAAACCAAUGCCGUUUUCGCGUUCCAAGUCAAGGGUGCUGAAGAGGGUCAGUGGUACCUCGACCUGAAAAAUGGUUCUGGUUCUUCUGGCAAAGGAGAAUCACCUUCGCCGCCGGAUGCCACUCUGAUCAUGGAUAGCCAGGAUUUCGUCAAAAUGUUUCAAGGUAAACUGAAGGCAACGGCUGCAUUCAUGACGGGCAAGUUGAAGAUUAAAGGAGACAUGGGCAAGGCCAUGAAACUGGAAAAGCUGAUGGGUUCCAUGCAAUCGAAACUAUAAAAGAAAAAAAUGGGCGGCUCUGGAUUUUCCCGUUGUUAAAACUCCGAUCAAUGCAACACAUUUUUAAACUAAAGAGUUUAAAUAAUAAUUUCGCGCGUCUUUCUUAGAGACUAUUGAAGAAUAUACACAAGUUUUGGGAUUAA